UGUUUGGAAACGCGAGAGAGAGAGAGAGAGAGAGAGAGAGAGAGGUAAAGGGUGGUGUGCAAUGAAUUGAUGUUCUCAGACCGGCGUCGCUCCCACACGCACAACCUCCCCUGUCACCGGAGGCGCCGCCGUCGGCCUGACGACCAGGCGGCCACCGCCGAUCGCGGCGGACCGCUCUCCACGCGGUACAUACGCAAGCAUGCCGGGUUCCCGUAGGAAGGCGGUGGUGGAGGACGGUCUCGUCAUUCUUGGCCUAGUCACGGUGCAACUCGUUGGUGCGGCCUACAUGGUGUUCCUCGGCCCCGUCCUCUCCCUCGGCAUCAAGCCUUUGUUCCUUGUCACCUUCGGCAGCUUCGUUACUGCAGCCCUUGUUUUCCCGUUCGCGGUCGCGCUCGAAAGGGAGAAAUGGCCGUCGAGGUUAAGUCCGAUGUUGAUGGCUCGAUUCCUUUUGCUUGCUCUGGGAGGGGUGACCACAUUUCAAGCCCUGUUGUUACUGGGAGUCAAGAAAACAUCCCCAUCUAUUGCGUCUGCCAUGCCCAACCUUGCUCCAGGCAUCAUCUUUAUCAUUGCAGCUUGUCUAAGGUUUGAGAAAGUUGACAUGAUGUACUGGUACAGCAGAGCCAAGAUACUAGGAACCUUGUUGUGCUUAGGUGGUGCAGUGGCCAUGAGCUUAUUGCAAAGCCCUUCUGUGCCACCUCCUGAGUCACCUCAAAGAUUGCAUCCCUUUGGUGAAAACUUGCUUGAGAACACCUACAAGGAUUGGUUCAUUGGUUGCCUAUGCCUCUUCGGUGCAGUUUUGGUGAUUUCUUGCACAAUGGUGCUGCAGGCUGCUACCAUGAUGCAAUUUGAAGCUCCUUUAACUUUGUGUUCCAUAACCUCUUUGCUGGGAGCAUUUCUUACAGCUGCUGUGCAAUUCGUAGUCGAAGGAAGAAUCAACAUUGGCAAUCCUGUCAUCAAACUCGAGAGCAUUGUCGCCAUUGCAAUCUUGGGAGGCAUGACCACUGCUGCAUGUAUCGCAUUCCAAACAUGGGCUGUGAAGCGGAAGGGGCCAGUUUUUGUGUCCAUGUUUAGCCCUGUUCAAACAGUGUGCUCCGGGAUUCUAUCAGCCAUAGUAUUACAUCAAAUGAUCAAAGUGGAAAGCUUAAUGGCCAUGUUCUUCAUGUUCUCUGGCCUUUACAUGGUUCUUUGGGCGAAAGGGAAAGAAGAUUUCCUUCUAACGGAGGUUGCAUCCACAGCAAUAUCGACACAACUUGAUGCAGACAUCGAGAAACCCUUGUUAUCUUAAAUCUCUUUUCAGUACUUUUCCAUACACAUUACCAGUCCCAUCCUCUUCUGUAUAUAUAUAUGUAUGUAUGUAUAUGUAUAUGUAUAUAUAUAUGUAUACUUGUAUAUAUGUAUAUGUAUAUAUAUACAUAUGCAUAUAUAUAUAUAUACAUAUACAUAUACACAUAUAUAUAUAUAUAUACACAUACAUAUAUCGGUCAUUUGAGCCUCUUUAAGAGUAUGUAUACGUGGCACACAACAUUCAGUGGGAUUGCGGGAUGAUAUGGUUGGAAGUUGAUGCCAAGAAAAACGACAUUGCCUGGGACACAAUGAGUAUGGUUAUCGUGGCAGAUGAUAAAGGGUUAAAGAUCACAGAGAUGCCUAUCGAAUCACCAAAGCCUCAUGUUGUGAGGCUGGCAUUAAGGAGUGCAAGAAUCUGAAACUUAGAUUGUGAGAAAUUUUCCAUGGGUUGCUUAUAUCACUGCCAAGCUUGCUGUCUCCAUCGAAGAAUAGAUCUGGAUUGAAGAAUCUCCUGGCUUUUUAUUCUCUAGUUUAAUUGAGAAAGGUGAUGUUAUUGUAGUGUUCUGUUCUAAGCAAUGAGGAUGAUGAUUCUCAAGAUUUAAGUGAAAAAUAUGAUCACUUUUGAUGAUUAUUUAAUCGUCAUGUAAUUACUUUUUUAUGUUGGUAUUAGUGUUAGAAAUAAUUGUCAACUCAAUGUAAUGAAGUUGUUGGUUACCAAA